CACUGGCAACUCAUAUUAAUGCUCUGAGAAGACAGCAGUCCACCUUUCUGAUAAAAACUCCCAAAGAGGAGAUGUGUAAUAAUUAUGUACAGCUUCUUGAAGCGUGUAUCGCAUCAAAAUCACUCAAACAUGGCAAAAUAAUUCAUCAGCAUCUCCUCAAAUUAAGCAAUAAUGACUUUAGUAGUACUCAAUCACUGCUACUGGAUAAGCUCACUCGCCUCUACAUUUCAUGCAACAAGCCACAACUUGCAGAACGCGUCUUCAACUCGAUACAUAUCUCAGAAAGAAAAUAUAAGACCAUAUUAUGGAACCAAAUGAUCAGAGCAUAUGCAUGGGAUGGUCCCUUUGAGAAAGCCAUUGAUUUGUACUAUGAAAUGGUGGACUCUGGUGUAAUGCCGACAAAAUUUACGUACCCUUUUGUACUAAAGGCUUGUUCUGCAUUGCAGGAUGUGGAAAAUGGUGUGAAGAUUCAUGGACACGUGAAAAGGCUCGAUCUUGGCUGUGAUGUAUAUGUGUGUACUGCGUUGGUUGAUUUUUAUAUGAAGUGUGGAUGUUUGGAGGAAGCAAUGGAGGUGUUCGACAGAAUGCUUGAGAGAGAUGUUGUCGCAUGGAACGCAAUGAUUUCUGGGUUUUCGUUACAUGGGUUGUGUUGGGAUGCAAUUAGAUUGGUGUUAGAGAUGCAACAUAUGGGGGUAAAUCCCAAUUCAUCUACUGUUGCGGCAAUUCUGCCAGCAAUUGGGGAGGCAAUUAGGUGGAGGGAAGGAAAAGCUAUACAUGGGUUUUGCUUGAGGAGGGGUUUUGAUGGUGAGGAAGUAGUUGGAACUGGACUUAUGGAUGUGUAUGGGAAAUGUGGCUGGUUGGUUUAUGCAAAGCGGAUGUUUGGUGCCUUGAGGUUCAAGAAUGAGAUCACUUGGACUGCUAUGAUUGGAGCUUUUGUCACUUGCCAUGCCACAACAGAGGGGUUAGAUUUGUUUCGAAAAAUGAGGGUGGAGGUUGCUGUUAGUCCUUCUCCUGUUAUGCUUGCAACUGUUAUUCGUGGUUGUGCUAAGCUGAAUGACCUGAAUAUAGGGAGACAGAUACAUUGUUACACAAUUAAACUGGCCUAUUAUUGCGAUUUAAUGGUGAGUAACACAAUUCUUUCAAUGUAUGCAAAGUGUGGGCCGAACAAUGAUGCUAUCAGGUUUUUUGAGGAAAUGCCAUUGAAAGAUCCAGUUUCUUACAGUGCUAUAAUUUCAGGCAGUGUUCAUAAUGGUAAUGCAGAGGAAGCUCUGCAAAUUUUUCUCAAAAUGCGAAAAGCAGGGAUAGAACCGGAAUUGGCAACCAUGAUGGGUUUCUUGCCAGCCUGCUCUCAUUUGGCAGCUCUGCAACAUGGGGUAUGUGGUCAUGGCUACUCAAUAGUGUGUGGAUUCACAGCAGAUGUCUCAAUUUGUAAUGCUCUUAUUGACAUGUAUUCUAAAUGUGGCAAGAUUGAUAUGGCUAGGCUUGUCUUUGAUAAAAUGUGUGAGAGGGAUGUAGUCUCCUGGAAUGCAAUGAUGGUUGGUUAUGGCAUUCAUGGACUUGCUAGGGAAGCAAUUUCCAUGUUCCAUAAAAUGUUGAAUGUAGGCGAAAAACCAGAUGACAUAACUUUCAUUGCUCUCCUAUCAGCUUGCAGUCAUUCAGGGCUUGUAAAUGAAGGAAAGCAUUGGUUUCUCUCCAUGACUCAAGAAUAUAAUAUUGUCCCUAGGAUGGAUCACUACUUCUGCAUGGUGGAUCUAUUGGGCCGUGCUGGUCUUUUGGACGAAGCUCGGCAUUUCAUUAGUGGAAUGCCAUUUGAACCUGAUGCUCAAAUAUGGACUGCAUUACUUGCUGCUUGUAGGAUCCACAAGAAUGUUGAACUAGCAGAAGAAGUGUCAAAUAGGAUCCAGAGCUUGGAACCUGAAGGUACUGGAAAUUUUGUCCUCUUAUUUAAUUUGUACACGACUGCUCAACGAUGGAAUGAUGCUGCGCAUGUCAGAAUCAAGCAAAAGAAUUUGGGCUUUAAGAAGAGCCCAGGAUGUAGUUGGAUCGAAGUAAAUGGGAUUGUUCAUGCUUUUGUUGGAGGAGAUGGGUCUCAUCCCGAGUCAGGUAAAAUAAACAAGAAAUUAGAGGAAUUCUUGGCAGAAAUGAAAGAAUUGGGGUAUAAACCAGAGUCUACUUUUGUGUACCAAGAUGUUGAAGAGGAGGAGAAGGAAAAGAUUCUACUUCAUCACAGUGAGAAACUUGCUGUUGCAUUUGGAAUAAUUAGCUUAAAACCCAACAGGCCUAUUAUUGUUACCAAGAAUUUGAGGGUAUGUGGUGACUGCCAUGCUGCUCUAAAAUACAUCACAAUCAUCACUAAGAGAGAAAUAACCGUUAGAGACACAAGUCGAUUUCAUCAUUUUAGGAACGGAAUAUGCAGCUGUGGAGAGUUCUGGUGAAUGCUAAAGAGGCAGAACUUGUACAACACACGAUCCUUUGUAGUGGAAUCUCUGCAUCUGGUUCUCCUCAGAUCUAUAGAAUGUAACAGCAUUGGACCUGGUAACUUUCAGCAAUAUUUUAUGUCCUAAGCGCGAAAAAUUAAUAUAAUCUGUUUCAAAAUUUUGCACGCUUUAUUUGAAUCCUUAUCCACAUGCGUUUCGAGAGGUCCAAUUGCUCCAAACCACUUCUUGCCUUUGCUACCAUAAAAGCUUCACUUCAACAGUCAAUCGUCUUGGUCAUCCAUCAAAGGUAGAUUUUGGUACAUUAUUUCCAUGUUUAGUCGACCUUAUACAGUGUUGUAAAUUAUUAUUUAUUUUUUAAUUGUAAUGCUUGAGAAAGCAAUAAAUCCCAUAAGUAGACUUUCAUGAUAGAUUCAUUUAUUGCGAUAUCUUAUGAUAGAUAAUUUUACUACGUUGUAUUUAUGUAUUUCCUUAUCCUAAA